GGCCCCUCGCCCCCGGCCCCGGCCGCGGCCCCGCAACUGCGCCGACCGCGGCGGGUCCCGCCCGGGGAGGCGGUGGCGGGGAAGGGGGAGGAGAGGCGGCGGAGUGCGCUGCCUCCCGAGGAAUCAAACGGGGGGAGAGAGGAACGCGCGGAGGAAAGGACGGGCCGGGCUGGGGAGGGUCCCGGUCCCCGUCCCGCCCGCCUCGGAGCACCCGCGUCGCCUCCGCGCCGGGACCGCGGUAGAGUCGCUUGGGGCGGCCACCGCCCGCCGGCCCCGCGCCCAUGUGCUCCCGGCAGCCGCGGCGGGCAGCCUCCACGCCCGGCGUGUCCGGACCUUUGACUUCAUGAUGGGAGGAAGUAUCCCCCCUGCUCUUAGGAUCCGAGCUUCUCCCAGUGUGAGGAUUUGUCAAGGCUGAGAGAUUCCGGAUUAUCCAUAAAGCUUCUCUGAAAUACACAGUUACUUUUGUGUCUUCCCAUCUUGGGGGGUCUCGGAGCAGAUACAAAGAUGGCUUCCAGCCUCACCUGUGCUGGCAUCGUCUGGGCCUUCCUCUCCUUCCUCUGUGCUGCUGCCUCCUGCGUUGGCUUCUUCAUGCCCUACUGGCUCUUGGGGUCUCAGCUGGAGAAGUCUGUUUCCUUCGGCACUUUCCGGAGGUGUUCGUACCCGGUGCGGGAUGAGAGCCGCCAGAUGACCGUGAUGGUGGAGCAGUGUGGCCGCUAUGCCUCCUUCCAGGCCAUCCCGAGCGCUGAGUGGAGGAUCUGCACGGUGGUGACAGGCCUGGGCUGCGGGCUGCUUCUCUUGGUGGCCCUGACAGCGCUCAUGGGCUGCUGUGUGUCCGAGCUCAUCUCCAGGACUGUGGGCAGGGUGGCAGGAGGCAUCCAGUUCCUGGGGGGUUUGUUGAUCGGCUCUGGUUGUGCCCUCUAUCCUCUUGGCUGGGACAGUGAAGAAGUCAGACAAACCUGUGGUAACCUUUCCAACCAGUUUGAAUUGGGGACCUGCCACAUCGGUUGGGCCUACUACUGCACGGGCGGGGGCGCGGCGGCCGCCAUGCUGGUGUGCACCUGGCUCGCCUGCUUCUCAGGCAAGAAGCAGAAGCAAUACCCCUACUGAGCCGGCCCCGGGCAAGGGCCCUGCCAGGCUCGCCCAGCUCUGCUGGACAACAAUGACAGACAAGAAUUUUCAAGUGCUUUCUCCCAGGAGCAGGACGGCGGGUGGGGCCAGGGUGGCAGGGAGGCGAACGGCGGUGCGAAGCCACCCGGCCGGGCUGGGCAGGGCCCGGCUCUCUCACCCGAGCCUGCUCAGGGUCUGCUCCACAAAAAUAUAAGCAAGGAAAACUCUGCUUUGGCAAAUGGUGAAAUUCUGCAUGCACCAAUUACUAGACAGGCUGGUGAGGGGUGGCAGCGCCCACGUGCUGGGGUAGCGCCUGGCAGCCCCUCAGUGCGGCGCUCCCGAAAGCACAUACGCACGCACAGAUGUUGACCAUGGCACAAAAUAAGUAGAGGGGAAACUUUUUUUUGGUGCGAUUCUUCUUUAUUUCCCUAUUUCCCUUUUUUAUUUUCUCUCCUUUCUUUUUUUUUUUUUUUUUUUUUUUUUUUUUUUUUUUUUUUUUUUACUUCUCUCUGGUGGUUUAAGACUUGGUGUUGCAACACUUUUUAAUCUAUACAUUAAACUUAAUAAAAGGACCAAUAAGCCACUUUAUCAGUAUUUUGUAUAAUCUCUACACAUUUUUCUUCCCCAAACAUUUAUCCACUGCUUAUUCAGCCCUAUAUAACUUUUAUUAAGACUGUGUUUUUCAGCAUUAUUACAAAAUGCAACAUAAUUACUUGGCAUAUGUACCCUUACUAUAGUACUUUUUAUGAAAUGCAGUAAAUGGGCAGUUUCCUGUCCAUUGGAAAUGCCACUCACGGUACUGUAGAACUCUCUUGGUUACGUACAACUAACAGCAAACUUCUUCCAGACAUAGAUUUCUGUUGCUGUUAUGUUUAGCUCAUUGAUGUUGUAUUGUGCUGUACCAUGUUUAUUAUUUCAAUAUUCAUUUUUGUAAAAUAUAUAUAUAAUAUGUGCUAUUUUAUGUUUGUAUUUGAAAAAUUUCUGUAAAUAAAUUUUUCCUUGAUCAAUACUUGCAAUGUA